UAGCUGAUGGCAGCACUAGCUUCGGUGGGACCUCCGAACCCCAGGGCAGACCCGGAGUGCUGCAGCAUCCUACACGGCCUUGUCGCUGCCGUGGAGACGCUCUGCAAAAUUACCGAGUACCAGCACGAGGCGCGCACGCUGCUUAUGGAAAAUGCAGAACGUGUUGGAAAUAGAGGGCGCAUAAUCUGCAUUACAAAUGCAAAAAGUGAUAGUCAUGUACGAAUGCUUGAAGACUGUGUCCAAGAAACAAUUCAUGAACAUAACAAGCUUGCUGCAAAUUCAGAUCAUCUCAUGCAGAUUCAGAACUGUGAGCUAGUUUUGAUUCACACCUACCCAGUUGGUGAAGACAGCCUUGUGUCUGAUCGUCCUAAAAAAGAAUUGUCUCCAGUUUUAACCAGUGAGGUUCACAGUGUUCGCGCAGGGCGGCACCUGGCUACCAAGCUCAACGUUCUAGUGCAGCAGCAUUUUGACCUGGCUUCCACGACCAUCACGAACAUCCCCAUGAAGGAAGAGCAGCAUGCUAAUACGUCUGCCAAUUAUGAUGUGGAACUGCUUCAUCACAAAGAUGCCCACGUAGAUUUCCUCAAAAGUGGUGAUGCCCACUUAGGUGGCAGCAGUAGAGAAGGCCCGUUUAAAGAGACGGUCACACUGAAGUGGUGCACUCCCAGGACCAAUCACAUUGAAUUACACUACUGUACUGGAGCUUACCGCAUCUCCCCUGUGGAUGUGAACAGCAGGCCUUCUUCCUGCCUGACUAACUUCCUUCUCAACGGUCGUUCUGUUUUACUGGAACAGCCACGGAAGUCAGGUUCCAAAGUCAUUAGCCAUAUGCUCAGCAGCCAUGGAGGAGAAAUUUUUUUGCAUGUCCUUAGCAGUUCUCGGUCCAUUCUAGAGGACCCGCCUUCGAUUAGUGAAGGAUGUGGUGGAAGAGUCACAGACUACAGGAUCACAGAUUUUGGUGAAUUUAUGAGGGAAAACAGAUUAACUCCUUUUCUAGACCCCAGAUAUAAAAUCGAUGGAAGCCUUGAGAUCCCUUUGGAGCGAGCAAAAGAUCAGUUAGAAAAACACACCCGUUAUUGGCCUAUGAUUAUUUCACAAACCACCAUUUUCAACAUGCAAGCGGUAGUUCCAUUAGCCAGUGUAAUUGUGAAAGAAUCUUUGACAGAAGAAGAUGUGUUAAACUGUCAAAAAACUAUCUACAACUUAGUUGACAUGGAAAGAAAAAAUGAUCCUCUGCCUAUUUCCACAGUUGGAACGAGAGGAAAGGGCCCUAAAAGAGAUGAACAGUACCGUAUCAUGUGGAAUGAACUAGAAACCCUUGUCCGAGCCCAUAUCAACAACUCCGAGAAACAUCAGAGAGUUUUGGAGUGUCUGAUGGCAUGCAGGAGUAAACCACCUGAGGAGGAGGAGCGGAAGAAGCGAGGAAGAAAGAGGGAGGACAAAGAGGACAAGUCAGAGAAAGCAGCAAAGGAUUACGAGCAGGACAGACCAUGGCAGGAUUCAGAGAGAUUGAAAGGGAUCUUAGAACGUGGAAAGGAAGAGUUGGCUGAAGCCGAGAUUAUAAAGGAUUCUCCUGACUCCCCAGAGCCUCCAAAUAAAAAGCCUUUCAUGGAAAUGGAUGAGACUCCACAAGUGGAGAAAUCAAAAGGCCCAGUGUCCUUGUUAUCCUUGUGGAGUAACAGAAUCAACACUGCCAACUCCAGGAAGCAUCAGGAGUUUGCUGGACGUUUGAACUCUGUCAACAACAGAGCUGAGUUAUAUCAACACCUUAAGGAGGAAAACGGGAUGGAGACAACAGAAAAUGGAAAAGCCAGCCGCCAGUGAAGAGUGACUUGAAAACCACACUUAGUAUAUUACAAGAGUAUUUUGGGCAGAAUUUGAUAUAAGUACUUUAUAGCAAGAUUGUAUAGCUAUGUUGCCUGGACUGGUUUUUACAUUUUUAAAUAUUUCCACAAAAUAUCUUCUUUUGUAUAAUAAUAUUGGCAAAGUCAAAAAUACACACUUGAGAUUUGUCCUCCCAAAUCAUACAUGUUUAUUUUAUAAUAAAAGGUGUUCCCUCUGGAAA